UUGGAGAUGACAGGCUGUGGUAUAUCUUGGUUUAGUUUAACAAAUCUUUGACUGAACCGAAUCCGUUUGUCUCCACUCGAUAUACGUCAUCAAUUUUGGCACCAGGCGUGUCCGUCCUUAGCCUCUCGCUUUCCAUCUCCACAUUGUCUAUACGAUAUGGCGACUCUGUGUGUUGACGGCUGCCCUUCGCUCCGAAAAACAGUUUUUUUAUUGUUCAAAACGAGCAUUAUUUUUGUGUUUCUAUUUAAUCCGUCUCUAACCACUCGGCUGUAUUCUGAGGAGGACCCCGUGGUUAUACUGACAAGCGCGACUGUCAAGCAGACUUUGGUCAACUCUUCCACAGCUUGGCUGGUCCAGUUCUACUCAUCAUGGUGUGGUCACUGCAUCCAGUACUCUCCUACCUGGAAGGCACUAGCUGGCGAUGUAAAAGAUUGGGAGCAUGCCAUACGGAUUGGAGUCCUGGACUGUGCUCAAGAGAAUAACUUUGACAUCUGCAAGGAGUUUGGCAUUCACUUCUACCCCACCUUCAGAUACUUUAAAGCACGUGGCCCCACAUUUGAUGUUGGAAAAACAUACAGAGGUGCAGAUAGGGAGCUACAGACAGUGCGACAGGUGAUGGUCAACUUCCUCCAGAACCACACAAGAGAGGACUGGCCUGUCAGCUGCCCUCCACUUGAGCCUUACAGCUCUGCAGAUAUAUUGCCUUUGAUUGGUCAGAAAUCCAACCAAUACACAGCUGUCAUUGUUGAGAACGAGGACUCCUAUGUUGGCAGAGAGGUUAUCUUGGACCUGAUGAUGUAUCAGGGGCUAACAGUGAAGAGGGCAUUGAGUUCAGAAAGGAGCCUCACAGAGAAGCUUGGCAUCAACUCUUUCCCCUCAGCAUACCUUCUCCACCCUAAUGGAACACAUGCCAUUCUGCAUGUGCAGAAAAGACUGCGCUUCUUCUUCUCCUCGUUCCUCAAGCUUCUCCUAGGGGUCCACAGAAAGCUAAGCACCUCUGGAGCACCCCAGGAGCCCCUACUGGAGGGGCCACGAGGUCCCGGGACAGCUGAGGCCUUGAAGGACUUUGAGAAGUCCAAGGUGUACAUGGCGGACCUUGAGUCAGGGUUGCACUACCUGCUGAGAGUAGAGCUGGCUACCCACCAAACCCUGGAGGGAGAAGAGCUCAAGACCUUCAAAGACUUUGUGACAGUGGUUGCUAAGCUCUUCCCCGGUCGCCAGUCUGUGGUAAAACUCUUAGAGACUCUUCUGGAAUGGCUGGUCAGUCUUCCCCUGGAGAAAAUCCCCUUUGAUGCCAUCCUCGACUUGGUCAACAACAAGAUGCGGAUUUCAGGGAUGUUCCUGAGUGACCAGCUGCAAUGGGUGGGUUGCCAGGGAAGCAGAGUCGGACUGAGGGGCUACCCCUGUUCACUGUGGACCCUGUUCCAUGUGCUGACUGUCCAGGCGGCCAGCCGGCCCGACGCAUUGGCCAACACCGGCCUGGAGGAGAAUCCCAAGGCAGUGCUGCAGACAAUGCGCAAGUACAUUGUGAACUUCUUCGGCUGCCAGGAGUGUGGGAAGCACUUUGAGGAGAUGGCCGUGGCGUCUCUGCCCCAGGUGAAGUCUGUGGACCAGGCGGUACUGUGGCUCUGGAGGAAACACAACCAGGUCAAUGGACGCCUCGCAGGAACAAUGAGUGAAGACCCUCACUUCCCCAAGACCCAGUGGCCCAGCCCGGACCUCUGCCCCAUCUGCCACGAGGAGCAGGAUGGCAUCCACGUGUGGAACGAAGACAAGGUGCUGAUGUUCCUCAAGCAGCACUACGGGGCCGCCAACAUCUCCCCCAAACACAUGUACAGCAGUCGGCAUGAGUCAAACCAGGAGGCCGUCGGAUCUCCUGACAGCCUGCCCAUUAAAGCCACACAGGUAAAGACAGUGGCCCCUGAGAGCUCCCUACUCCAUGCCAACCAUGCCAAGCAGAGUGACGUGGAGGGAGCAGGGCAGGCGGGCACAGGCGCCCACAGGGAGACCAGGCCGGGGGUGAGCUUCCUGGGUCUGGGCUUCUCCAGUGUGGACAUGAGUCUGUGCGUUGUGCUCUACGCUUUCUCCUGUGUCUUUCUCAUGGUCAUGUUCUUCUUUUUCCGAGUCCGCUCCAAAAGGUGGAAGAUCCGCUACAAUCGUCCAUAUGUGUAGCAGUCUACUGGUCCAGGUCUGCACAUUUGACUGAGCAAAGAGGUUCUUUUUGGAAUUGAGUUUUAUUUUUUAAAUGCAGAUUAGAAGGUCGCAUUUUUUAUUUAUUUGUUUAUGUUCUGUAUAAUAUUUGCUGUGAAGCAACAGUCUUCAGAUGAUGAAGUAUUUUACAAUUGCGACUGGUUAAAACCGUUUUAGUCCCAUAGCAGAACCCCAUAACAUUGUCAUGGGGGAAGGACUUGACUGUACACAAUUCAUUCCCAAUACAAUGUCUCUUAGCUAUGAUGGUAAGGAAUUGUUUUUAGUAUAAAACCAUGGCAGAGUCCAAUUAAUCAAGUGUUUUUUCUAUCUUUCUAUCUAAUUCAACGGUAUUGGUCAUGUUUUAAUGGACUAAGGUGAACCUCUGGAAUAUUUGUAUUGACUACUACUAAAAUAUUACUGUGUGAAUUUAUGAUUUCAACCUCAAUGUAUUAUUUUCCAGACGUAUCAAGGUGAUCACUUAUUACAACCUAUUAAUGUCGGUCCAUAACCAUGAGAAAGAGAGGAGCAAGUACAGCCUUAUUUUACCCAAGUGCUUGUUGUCCAAAUACUUGGUGUGCAUUUGAAGACCUCUGUAUUCUCCCAGACCCUAGGUGGCCUUAACGUGAUUUCGUCAUUCAUUCUAGUCCAGUAUGUAGUAUGUGGUAUAAUACACUAUUAUACACUACCGUUAAAAUGUUUGGGGUCACUUAGAAAUGUCCUUGUUUUUGAAAGAAA